GCCAUCAUUUGCGACUUGUGAGAAUAUAACCUAUAAUAGCGUUCAAGAAUUUGAACACGUGUGUAUUUUAUAAAAUAGAAUUUAUAAAUGUUUAAAUGAUUAGUACAAUAUCUCUUUGUGAAAUAUAGUGUAAUAUUUAAGUAUCAAAAUGCAGCACGACGAUGUCGUGUGGAGUGUCAUCAAUAAAUCAUUCUGUUCUUUUAAAGUAAACACCAAAUCACAGAGGUUCUGUCGCAAUGAAUAUAACCUCACGGGUCUAUGUAGUAGAGCGUCUUGUCCUCUUGCAAAUAGUCAGUAUGCCACGAUUAGAGAAGAAAAUGGUAUUAUUUAUUUAUAUAUGAGAACAGCAGAAAGAAUACAUUUUCCAAAAAAUGCAUGGGAAAAGGUAAAACUUUCUAGGAAUUUUGAAAAAGCGAUGCAGCAAAUCAAUGAAAAUUUGCUGUAUUGGCCUGGUUUUAUAAAAGCAAAAUGCAAGCAAAGAUUUAUAAAAAUUACGCAAUAUCUGAUACGUAUGAGGAAAAUAAGGUUAAGAAGGCAAAAGCAGAUUGUGCCAAUUCAGAGAAAGAUUGAAAGAAGAGAAAGACGCAGGGAAGAAAAGGCUCUUAUUGCUGCAAGAUUAGAUACUGCGAUAGAGAAGCAACUUAUGGAAAGAUUAAAACAGGGCAUGUACAAAGAUAUUUACAACUUUCCACAAAAAGUAUUUGAUAAAGCUGUAGAAGCUGUGGAAGUUGAAGGUGAAAGUGAAGCUGAAAGUGAGGAAGAAGAAAAAGAACUAGAAAUUGAAAAAGAAGUGGAGUUGGAAUUAGAAGCAGAUGAAAGAGAAACAAAUACACCUCAUUUUGUAGAAGCAGAAACUGACGAAGAAGAUGAGGAUGAUGAUUUUGAUGUCCAAGAAAUAUCUAUGGACGAGGAUAGUGAUUCAGGGAAAAAAGAAGAAAUCGAAUUAUCUGAUGGCUUUGUAUCUGACACUAGCGAUAUUGAAGAUUUAGUACCUGCAGCAAAGAAAAAUGCGAAAAAGUCUGUCGGCAAGAAACAGAAGUCCCAAAAGAAAACUCGUCCAAGAGUCGAAAUUGAGUAUGAGAUGGAAUCAGAAUUAUAUGAAGAAAAACAAGCGAGAUAAACUUUUAGUUAGGAUAUUUGUAAUUAUAUUUCUAAUAAAAUUUUAAAAUUGUUUU